UAAUAUGCAGAUUGUGCUAGCCUCAGACUGACUCUGGCAUUUCUGAGCUGUCAGUUAAUCAGGGAGAAGGCAUGGCAGAGUCUGGGUUUACAUGGAUCAGGAAUCAGAAAGUUGCCAUGAAAGGAUCAUGAAAAGAGACAUGUUUCUGGAUAUAAGCCUCAUCCUUCUGUCUGUCUCCUGAUUGCCCCCAUCCAGGAGACGUGCUGCUGUGAGUCUGAUGUGGGAUGCUUGCAGGGCUGUUGCACAGUACAAUGCUUCAUCAGUAGAUGCCUUGCACAGGCUGUGGUGCUGAAAUGGACAGCACCCAACAGAACUGGCUGUCCAAUGGGACCUGGCGGAACGGGGAGCCCAGCUUCCACUCAAAAUACCCCUUUUCCUGGACAGUGUUCCUGGCUGCCCUGAUGGGAGUUCUCAUAGUUACCACAGUGCUGGGCAAUGCCCUGGUCAUGUUGGCUUUCUUAGUGGAUUCCAGUCUAAGGACACAGAAUAAUUACUUUCUGCUGAAUCUGGCCAUUUCUGACUUCCUAGUAGGAGCCCUAUGUAUCCCACUGUAUGUGCCCUAUGUGCUGACAGGCCGAUGGAGCUUUGGGAAGAGUGUUUGCAAACUGUGGCUGGUCCUGGAUUACUUGCUGUGCACAUCGUCUGUCUUCAAUAUUGUGCUCAUCAGCUACGACAGGUUCAUCUCGGUGACAAGAGCUGUGAGCUACAGAGCGCAGCAGACGAACAGCCGAAGUGCAGUGUUGAAAAUGUCCAUGGUUUGGCUACUUGCCUUCUUGCUGUAUGGACCAGCCAUCCUCACCUGGGAAUAUAUAGCAGGAACCAGUAUUCUGCCGGAAGGAGAAUGUUUUGCAGAAUUCUUCUAUAACUGGUACUUCCUAAUCACGGCUUCCACCUUGGAGUUCUUCACUCCAUUCAUCAGUGUCACCUUCUUUAAUGUCAGCAUCUACCUAAACAUUCGGAAGCGUACGAAGGCCAGACUGGACCUCCUUCAGGAAGCUCCAAGCCAGACAACUGAGGAACCCAAGCUCCCCAUAAACCCACCAAGGGCUGGUUCUCUAAAGUGUUGGAAGGUACAGCAGAAAAUGUCAAGGUCUGCUGGGCCAGACCGAAAAGCAGCAGAUAAAACAAUGGAGGAUGAAAUGCUGGAGAAAGUGAAAGAGGUCAAGAGAGCCUCUUUAAAUGGGAGUAGCUUGACUGUGUUUGGUAAAUCCAGAAACACUAGGAGAAGCUUUAACGAAUCCAGCUCCACUCCAUCUCUAGAAAAACGCAUGAAGAUGGUCUCUCAAGGAAUUGCUCAACGCUUUAGAUUGUCCAGAGACAAAAAGGUGGCUAAAUCUCUGGCAGUGAUUGUCUGUGUAUUUGGGGUUUGCUGGGCACCGUAUACUCUGCUAAUGAUCAUCAGAGCUGCCUGUAGGGGGCACUGCAUCCCAGAAAUCUGGUAUGAGACUUCCUUUUGGUUGCUGUGGAUUAACUCAGCAGUAAACCCCAUUCUGUACCCGCUGUGCCAUUAUAGUUUCAGGAGGGCAUUUAAAAAGAUUCUGUGCCCCCAGAAAUUGAAGAUUAAACCCCACAGUAAGUUCAAGCACUGUUGGAAGUGAGAAGACUUAUUGGGAUGACGAAAGGAAUGUAUAUGGCAUGAAUAUGGGCUAUGUGUGCAAACCAUUUGGAAUGUUUCUAAUAAAAUGCAAGAGAGCGCCUGGUGUGGGACACAAGUCUGGGCAGUUGGGGAACGAAGAGGCUACAAUAGACGUCGCCUCAGUUGGGUGGAGUUGGCAGCAAUGAGCCGAUUCAAUGCUAGAUGUGUGUAGCGCCAUCGGCUGUCUUCAUUUGCACCUUUUAUUUUGCUCAGUCUUUGUGGCUCCAUCCAAAGACCACAGAAUGCCAAGUCAUAGCAAAUCACUACCGUCUAUUACUGCUGUGGUCUGGAACAGAAAGGAGAAAAAAUACAUUUAUAAUCCCAUCGAAACGAAUAUUAACACUGCCUAUAAUUGUGCAUCAAAUAUAGGGACAGCACAAAUGCACUCUUAUUGUGUUAUGACACAUAGUCUGACUUACGUCAUAUUAUAGAGUCUUGGAAGGUUUAUCGACAAACAUAAAACCCUGUCACCCCAAUACCCGAGGUAUCACAGGCGCUGAGGAUUCCCCAUCCCCUGGUUAUGUCUGUGCAAUUCUUCCAGAUCUACACAGUGUCGCCCCCCCAGUGGUUUGAAAUGUCUGUGGCUCUCCGUGUUCUGUUUGUGUGUACUGCAUGUGCUUGUCAGAAGGUCUCGUCGUGGCACCAUGUCCGUGACCAGCGUGUCCCCCCUGGGCUAUUGUCUGGAAUAAAUUUCAUUUAUUUUCU